AAAUCCUGGUCUUCUACUUAUUGGAGUGAGUCUUGGAAACAGAGCGGCGCCAUUUCUAAUCCAAUCUUAUCAGAGAAGAGAGAGAGAAACAGAAAUGGAUUUAUCAGAGUUGAAGAAGGUAGUGGAAGAGGUAGAGAUGGUAGAUGGUCACACACACAAUAUUGUGUCCCUUGAUUCUUCAUUCCCUUUCCUCGGUGGCUUCUUUGAAGCUCAUCACGCUCAUUCUUUCACUCAUACUCAUGUUGUUCAAUCUCUCUGCCUCAAGAAAAAUUUAAAGGAUAUAGCUGAACUUUACGGAUGUGAAAAUUCAUUACGUGGCAUUGAAGAAUAUCGCAAGGUGAAUGGGUUGGAGGCCAUAAGCUCAACAUGCUUUAAGGCUGCAAAAAUUUCUGCUAUACUCAUUGACGAUGGAUUAAGGUUUGACAAACAACAUGGCAUAGAAUGGCAUAAAGCCUUUUUACCAUUUGUUGGUAGAAUCUUGAGAAUUGAAAGUCUAGCUGAGACAAUUCUAGAAAAUGAAAAAUUGCCUAGAGGAACAUCUUGGACAUUGGAUAAGUUCACUGAGAUAUUUGUUGGAAAGCUAAAAUCAGUUGCUGGUGAGAUUACUUGUUUGAAAAGCGUUGCAUACCGCAGUGGCCUAAAAAUCAACCCGAAUGUUUCAAAAAUAGAGGCCGAGGAAGGUCUUACUGAAACUUUAUUAGCUAGUAAACCUGUUCGGGUGACAAAUAAAAACUUCAUCGACUAUAUCUUCACACAAAGUUUGGAGGUUGCACAAGAAUUUGACUUGCCAAUGCAAAUACACACAUGUUUUGGAGACAAAGAUUUGGAUAUGGGGCUCUCCAAUCCCUUUCAUCUCCGGGAUGUCCUCGAGGAAAAGAGAUUCUCAAAAUGUCGUAUAGUUUUAUUACAUGCUUCCUAUCCAUUUUCUAAGGAAGCCUCAUAUUUAGCUUCUGCUUAUUCUCAGGUGUAUCUAGACUUUGGUGUGGCUCUUCCUAAGCUUAGCGUCCAUGAGAUGACAACUUCAAUCAAACAACUCUUGGAGUUUGCUCCUAUAAAUAAGUUAAUGUUCAGCACCGAUGGAUACGCAUUUCCUGAAACAUAUUACUUAGGUGCUAAAAAAUCACGUGAAGUCAUCUUUUCUGUCCUACGUGAUUCUUGUAUUGAUGGAGAUCUUGAUAUUCAUGAGGCUAUUCAAGCUGCUAAAGACAUAUUUGCUGAAAAUUCUAUUCGGCUUUACAAACUUAAGCUACCUGUAAAAUCUUUUGGGUCAACAAAUACUAUGUCAUCUACACCUACAAAAACUAAUAUUGAACUCAGUGGCAUCACAUUAGUUCGUGUGAUAUGGGUUGAUCUUGCAGGACAACAACGUUGCCGUGUUGUGCCUUCACCACACUUUCAGAAUGUGGUUCAGAGGAAUGGUGUCAGUUUGCCUGUUCUUUUAAUGGGAAAUCCUUCAUUUGGUGUUCCUAUCUUAGAAAAUUCUGGACUGACUGCAGUUGGUCAGGUCAGAUUGGUGCCUGAUUUAUCAACAAGAAGAAUAAUUCCCUGGGAAACUCGAGAAGAAAUGGUUUUGGCUGACAUGUGUCUGAAACCUGGUGAACCAUGGGAAUAUUGCCCAAGAGAAGCCUUGCGAAGGGUUUCAAAAAUUUUGAAAGAAGAAUUUAACUUUGUAAUGAAUGCAGGAUUUGAGAUCGAGUUUUAUUUGUUGAAGAGUGUACUGAGGGAAGGGAAAGAAGAAUGGGUGCCAAUUGAUUCAACUUCAUACGGCUCAACAUCAUCUUAUGAUGCUGUUUCUCCUAUAUUCCAAGAGAUUGUGUCUGCCCUCCAUUCUUUGAAUAUUGCAGUGGAACAGGUACAUGCAGAAACUGGGAAAGGUCAAUUUGAGGUUGUUUUGGGCUACGGACCAUGCACCAUUUCUGCUGAUAACAUAGUUUAUGCACGUGAAACUAUCAAGUCCAUUGCAAGAAAACAUGGGUUAUUGGCAACUUUUAUGCCCAAGUAUUCAAUGAAACAGCCUGGCUCUGGGUCCCAUGUACAUGUGAGUUUGUUUCAGGAUGGAAAAAAUGUCUUCAUGGGAUCAUCUGCGUAUGGAAUGUCCAAAGCUGGACAGGAAUUCUUGGCCGGUGUUCUAUCUCAUCUCCCUCGACUUUUGGCAUUUUUAGCACCAAAUCCAAAUAGCUAUGAUCGGUUACAAUGCAAUACAUGGAAGGGAGGAUACCAAUGUUGGGGAAGAGAGAACAAAUAUGUUGCACUGAGAGCUGCAUCUCCACCUGGAUUUCCAGAUGGUAUGGUGAGUAACUUUGAGAUUAAUGCAUUUGAUGGAUGUGCUAAUCCACACAUAGGCUUGGCUGCAAUACUUGCUGCUGGCAUUGAUGGGCUUCGGAAACAUCUUAGCCUCCCAAAUCCUGUUGAUACAGACCCUUCUAGUUUUGGUCAAGAAGUAAAAAGAUUGCCCAAAUCAUUAUUAGAAUCUGUAGCAGCAUUGAACGAAGACAAUGUCAUCAUGACAAACGUAUUUGGUGUAAAGCUUCUGGUUGCCAUUAAAGCAAUUCGCAAGGCUGAGGUUGAAUUCUACUCGAAUCAUAAGGAUGCAUACAAGCAGCUAAUAUACUAUUAUUGAGCAGGACUAUUUUGUUUUCUUGUUCUUUGUGUACUCUAAUUUAUUAUUGUUCCAGGUUGUUUAAGGUUUAUUCAUUCUAUCCUAAUAAUAUAAUACUUUUAAUAAUAUUGGUUAUUCUAAUAAACAAUAAUUUGCUUUGGUUA